AUGUCAAAUAUUGAAGAAACAGAUACAACACCACUACUAUCAAAAUCAAAGCCUGAGUCAGCACCAAACUCACCGUUAACGCCUACAGCAUCAUCUACUUCAAACAUUAAAGCUUCACCAAAUCACAAUGUCAAUAAUAAUUUGAUACUACCAAAUCGUUUACCAACUAAAUCAUUAAGUAAUUCAACUCCAUCUCCAUUUCAUUCUAAAAUUUCAAAUUCGAACAAAAUCGGACUACAAAGAACAAGUAGAACUUCACAAAAAUUAAAAUUACUACCAGAAGAUCCAGAUUUUCAUAGUAUGAAUAAUAAUGAUCAAGUCAACGCUGGCGAUGACGACGAUGAUGAUGAUGAUGAUGAUGACGAUGAAGAUGUAGUGAAUAAAAGACCUACAAGAGUUUAUUCACAAGCUAAAAUGAUUACUGAUUCAACUGCUAGAAAAGAUGCUGAAACUUUGAGUAAACUGCAUAGAGAUUUAUUACCAAGAGUUACUGCUUAUUGUACUUGUGCAUCUUACAAAAUGAAAGAUUUACUCAGAUGGUUAAAAGAUAGGAAAAGAAUUCAUAACACAAGUCCAAAAUUAUUCGAUGAGUGUUUAUAUACCCCAUUUGCAUAUAAAGAUUGGAGAAGUGAUAAUACUAAUAAUAAUAAUGGUAAUUCUGAAGAAGAUGAAGGUCAUAAAUUAAUCAGAUUAGCAGAUGAAGGAGGAGAAAUAGAUAUUGGUAAAAAAUCAGAUAUUUUCAUAUUUGAAUAUGGAGUAGUUAUAAUGUGGGGUUAUACACAAAAGGAAGAACUUGCAUUUUUAGAUGAUUUAGCAAAAUUUGAAAGUGAAAAAUUAUCAGAAGAAGAUAUUCAAAUUGAAGAAUUUAAUUAUUAUAUUACAAAAUCUUAUCAACCAAGAAUUUAUAAUGAUUUUAUAACUUUAAGAGAUGAUGAUAAUUAUAUGUUAAAAUUAUCAAUAUCUCAUGCAUUAGCUCAAUCAGUUAAAAUUUCAUUAUUUGAAGAAUUAGUUGAUAAUACUAUUGAAGAUACUCAAGAUAUUCCUCAACAAAUUGCUCAUACUGGUAAAGUUGAAAUGACAAGAGAUGAAAUUAUGAAAUCAAUUGGUGAAUUAUUUAUAUUAAGAAUAAAUAUUAAUUUGCAUGGUUCUGUAUUGGAUUCUCCAGAAUUAAUGUGGGCUGAACCUCAUUUAGAACCUAUUUAUCAAGCAACAAGAGGUUAUUUAGAAAUUAAUCAAAGAGUUGAAUUAUUGAAUCAAAGAUUAGAAGUUAUAUCUGAUUUAUUACAAAUGUUAAAAGAACAAUUAGGUCAUUCUCAUGAAGAAAAUUUGGAAUUCAUUGUUGUUGUUUUGGUAGGUGUUGAGGUACUAGUAAGUAUUAUUAACAUUAUUAUUGAUGUUUUAACUUAUAAAUAA